AUGCAUGGUCCUAGCUGGCUGAACGACGAGACAACAUUUCCCGGAUAUGAAUUAAUGCUGAGUACGCACACCAACAGUGAACACGAAGAUACCAACUAUUCCGCCUGUAUGACUACAUCGCGAGAAAUUACACCCGAUCCCGGCAUUUUAGAUGUUAUAGACAUCAAUAGAUUCGACACAUACCGUAAGCUGAUACGUGUUACAGCAUAUGUUCUAAGAUUUGUGAACAACUGCAGAAAUAUUGAGAAGGUCUACGGACCUCUAGAGUCGCACGAGAUCAACGCAGCAGCCAAGCAUCUGAUAAAGUACGUACAGUCCCGUCAUUUUCCGGACGUGAUAGAGUACAUCUACCAGAAUAGAAACAUCCAGUUGAAAAGACCCAACCUAGUGAGACAGCUUGAUUUGUUUCUUGAUGACGACAAAUUAAUACGUUGUGGCGGCAGAUUAUCUAACGCACCGUUAUUACACAGCACGAGAUUUCCCUACCUACUUCCUUCCAAAGACAACCUUACAAAGCUUAUUAUUUUGGACGCACACGUUACACAUAUGCAUUCCGGUACUGAGAGCACAGUCACCUAUCUUCGCCAAAUAUUUUGGAUUCCUAGCAUUCGCCAGCGUGUUCAGAAAAUAGUCCGCUCAUGUGUUACGUGUCGUAAGGUCACAGGAAGAGCAUAUCGAGUACCUGACCCCCCACCGUUACCUAGCAACAGAUUGAAGGUUGCGCCACCAUUCACAGUAACCGGCAUAGACUUUACCGGAGCUUUUAACAGUAAAGGCAUCGAGAGGAGAACUACAGAAAGCAUACAUUUGCCUUUUCACAUGUGCCAAUACGCGAGCUGUCCAUCUAGAAAUAGUACCGAACAUGACUGUGGAAUCAUUUAUUUUAGCUCUACGACGUUUCUUCAGCAGAAAAGCAAUACCCAAGGUCAUUAUGUCGGACAACGCCCUGACGUACAUCGCCACCGCCAAAAUCCUGAAGGAAAAGGUCCUUGGAACACAUGGUAUAACAUGGUCAUUUAUUCCCCAGCACGCGCCAUGGUACGGAGGGUGGUGGGAGAGGCUUAUUGGUAUAACAAAGACCUGUAUCAGAAAAGUACUUGGAAAGUCAUUGGUUAG